GAUGCGCUAGAACACUUGUCUUUGUUUUGGUCAAAAGCCGCUGUUUACACUGCAAGGAUGGCAUAGAGAUUCACUAAUCUGCACAACAUAAACAGGCGUCAGCGUUACGUGCGUAUGUUCUAUCGAUCAUAUCGGACGCGGGCCUAAUUUGAUAGCAAGAGCCACCCGUUCCAAGAGGGUUUAAGGAUUGAGUGGCGCAUUAGAAAUAGAGGUAUCUCCUUCAGGAUAUGAUAACAGUAACCACACUGAAAUGAGUAUCAGAGAUAAAGAGCUUAAGAUACAUUUCAAACCCGGGCACGUUGAGCUUGUUCAGGAUGAAGUCUACACUCCAUACCGGCGCGUGCUUGUGACUGGUGCAACAGGGUUACUGGGCCGUGCUGUUUACAAAGAGUUCAAGAACAAUGACUGGAAUGUUUUGGGGUGUGGCUACAACCGUGCACGGCCUUGUUUCCUGAAGUGUAAUCUCCUGGAUGAAGACGCAGUGCGAGGGGUCAUUCAGGGGUUUCAGCCUCAUGUCAUUGUGCACUGUGCUGCUGAGAGGAGGCCAGAUGUUGUGGAGCGUCAUACUGAAGCAGCCAUGAACCUGAAUGUUCAUGCAUGUUCUACUCUGGCCAAAGAAGCAGGUGGCAUCUUCCUCAUCUAUAUCAGCACAGAUUAUGUUUUUGAUGGACGUAAUCCUCCCUAUGGAGAAAACGAUGCCCCUAAUCCUUUGAAUUUGUAUGGGAAGUCCAAGCUAGAGGGUGAACGGGAGAUUCUUAGACACUGCCCAGGUGCAGCUGUACUACGAGUGCCCAUUCUGUUUGGAGAGGUGGAGAAGGUUGAAGAGAGUGCAGUGACCGUGUUGUGGGACCGUGUUCAGGAGGGAGCUGAGAGCUGCACCAUAGACCACUGUCAGCAACGCUUCCCCACUUAUACUAAUGAUGUGGCACGUGUCUGCCGGAACAUGGCUGAGAGAGCCCUUCAGGACCAGUCACUGCGUGGAAUCUUCCAUUACUCUGCCAAAGAGCAGAUGACCAAAUAUGAGAUUGCCUGUGCAAUAGCAGACGCUUUCAACCUGCCCAGCAGUCAUCUAAUACCAAUGACAGAGCAGCCUGCUGGAGCAGGGGCCCAAAGGCCGCAAAAUGCCCAGUUAGAGUGCUCACGUCUGGAGCUCCUCGGUCUGAGUGCGGAACCCACCCCUUUCAAGACUGCCAUACGGGACAGCCUCUGGCCCUUCCAGCAUGACAAACGAUGGAGGCAGACUGUCUUUCAUUAAGGCAACAACUCUAUCGCAAACUCAAGAAGAAAACAGGGCCACACUCUUUAAAUGUUUAGCAUUUCAAUAGUUCACUGAAGCACCAAUCCUAUUUCACAGUCCUGAAUGAAAACAGGUCCACGCUUUUUACAAGUCCAGCAGCUUUGUUUGAUGUUUCAAGUAUACAUUUAUUAUAGCCAACAGGUAUUUCACCUUUAUGUGUUUUUGUGCGAAUUGCACUGCGGGUUACUGAGUCUGGCCUCGACUGUACUUUGUGUUUCUUUCCUAACUGUAUUACUUUAUGUAAAUGAUAAGUUGAAGACAUGAAUGUUUGAUAAAAGAACCGAUGAUAUCCUCA